GGGCUAGAGUCGCUGUCAGUGCGGCACGCGGCAGCGUCAUCCGUGUCACCCGCGUGGCGUCGUACGGCAUCCGCGAGCUAUCGCCUCUUGCUCGUCUCGCGGUCUUCCUCUUCUUCUUCCCCGCCGUGAGAGAGGGACUGCGUCUUCGGAAUUGACCGGCGUCUCUGCGAAGUGGUAUAGGCAUCAUCGCCACCACCACCGCCGACACCGCCGCUGCUGCUACCACUCCAUCAGCACUCCUCACACACCGUGCCCCACCGAACCUCACGGUGUAUAUCAUCCCAUCGGCUCAACCUUCAAUUGCACGGUCGCGUCGUGGUCGUAGUGGAUGGUGGUGGUGGUGGUUGUUGUUCGUGGUGGUGGUGGUUCGAAGGAUAAUCUCAAUUCCGCGGCUGAGACGCAUCACCGGCGUUGCUACUCCACUCCGGCUCGCCAAAUGGACAAAUCACUUCACACGUUUGCAACUUUCCAACGCGGCCGCCGAAGUGGCACGUAAAAUAUACCGACGGUGUGAUCUUCUGCCUCCACGGUGGAAAACCCAAACGGACGAUAGGACGGCAAUCAUUGUUGGAGUCGGCUGGAGUUGUGGUGGAAUUAACGGCUUUGGGAGCGAUGACACCUUGAUCUCAAUCAGGUCGAGGAGAGGAGGUAGGUGGAGGGGGUGGGUGGGUGGGUGAGUGAGUUUGUUGGGCAGGAGCGGUCCCGAACAUCGAGGCACGCGUCUCAUCUCUGGUCAACCUCUGGUCCCGUGACACCGACCGACCCCCACCAUGGGUUGCAUUCAGAGCCUCAUCUGCAAGCCGAGGCGCCUCCGUCGAGAAAACAUCGUGGUGGAGGAGUUCUCGGCCACGAUCGACUCCACGCCGACCGUAGUGGAGGAGUCGUCACCCAUCGUUCUGCGCUACAAGACGCCCUACUUCCGUGCGUCGGCUCGACUCGUCGUGCCCCCGAUCCCACCGGGACAGACGUGGGUCGUGGGCUUCGUGCAGGCGUGCGACCACAUGGAGUUCCACAACGUCUACGGAGAGCUCGGAAUCAGAUCGAGCUGGGAGCUGCCGGCGCUGCGUGACGGGCACGUCUCGGCCAUCUCAGACUCGGACGGCGUGAGCUACCCGUGGUACGGCAACACCACCGAGACCGCGAGCAUGUCGGCUUCCCCCAGGGGCGGUGGCAACGGCAGCGGCAACAACAACAGCAGCGGCAGCAGGAAGCCGAUCCGCGUGCACAUCAGCAUGAACGACAACUUCUACCCCAGCGUCACAUGGGCCGUGCCGGUUCACGGCGGCGGCAGCGGCGGCGGCGGCGACGCGGGCACGGCGCCACCGACGCCGUGGCUCAGCCGCGUGACCCGCGACCAGACGUUCACCACGUGGCUGGUGGCGCUGAACCCCGACACGCGCGAGCGCCUCGUGCUGCGCACCGUGCGCUGGCGGGUGCGGCUGCGCAUCGACGUGGAGCCCUGGCGGCCGCUGGGGCAGCGCGCGCGCCUCGUGGGCCCCGCGCGGCAGGAGCAGCCGCUGAUUCUGCCGCGCAACGAGCCCAUCCCGACCAACGCGCUCGAGAGGCCGAGCGCCAACGACGCGCAGGUGCUCAUGUGGCGUCCCAAGUGCGGGCCCUGCGUGGUGGUCAUCCCGCCCAAGCAGUAGGAGUCACCCAACUGUCAGGCUGUUCGGCUGUCUGGCUGGUCGGUUGUCUGGCUGUAUAGCUGCCCGGCUGUUCAGCUGUCUGGCUGUUCGGCUGUCAUGCUGUGUAGCUGCCCGGCUGUUUAGCUGUCCAGAUAUCUGGCUGUUUGGCUGUCUGACUGCCCAGCUAUGUUUGGUGUCCGGUUGUCUGGAUAUGCGGUUGUCCCGCUAUUCAGUUGUCCGGCUGUCUGGAUGUCCGGCUGCCUGGCUGUCCAGCUCUUUAGCUGUUCGGCUCUCUGGCUGUCGGACUGCCCAGCCCCCCGGGUGUCGGGAUGUCUGGCUAUCCGGCUGUCUUACGUCUUUCCAUAGCCAUCUUCAGUGCCAUUUGUCUUCAACGCCAUUUGCGCACGGCGCCAGCAUUCAGUGCACAAAGCAGCAAAAUCUCCAGCGUGCCUCCUAAGCAUUCCGAUAUGUCACAGGUAUCAGGGUGCUGCGAAUAUUAAACUCUUAUGAGACUGAAAUGCCGACGCGGGAAUAUUUUUGGGAAGGAAUAUGCCUGGCGUCUGUGAGAUUGUGAGGCGGUCUUGCCUUACGAUGAGACUACCGUUAGAGUGUUAGAGCGAUGUGUGACUUGCGAGUUGAUAAUUUAAUUUAAAAAUAGACGGACGUUCUCUCUCUCUCUCUCGGAUGGAAGCUACUUGAGCACAAAGUACUGUACAGGACAAAAUAGUGGAGAAAAUAAUCUUCAAGACAAUCAUGGACUGCAAUGUGACAAGACAAAAAAUGUCCCGAGAUUUAAAAAAUAUACAAAAAUGACAUUUUAAUGGAGGCCAAUUCUGAACUAUUUGUGGAGGUUUUUUUUAUUCGCAAUUAUAUUUCGAGAGAAAAAAACACACAUAAGCAGUAAACGCAAAUUAACGGACGAUCUGAACACUGAAAUGUGAACACGGGUUGAAUGUGAUUGAUGAGAUUGUUGAUUUUUAGCAGCACCCGGAAUUACAAUCACUGCCAUCCUCAAAUGUGUAUGUGACACACACACACAAACACAGUAUGGCACAACAACUCAACUGUGAUUGCAGAGCGAGCUGUUUCAAAAUUACACUCACAAAGAGGAAGAUACGACAAUUUAACAACCGCGCACUUAUGCGGAGGAGAGCAGGAUGUAAAUCCUUCGCAAAAACAUUCGACAAGGUAGCAUCGCGAUUUUGAAAGCCUCCCUUUGCUGGGCAUCUGCGAAAGGGCAAGUCCACAAACAUGGCUUCAUUAUUUAUUGUCUCUCAACCGCAAUGAACGGGAUUAUAUGUGGUGUUCGUUACAUUGCUUUUGCCCAAGGCCAGAUGCAAUUUGCAUAGGUCAUUGCGAGCCAAGAUUAGUGGUUCUUUUACAGCAUGAUCUAAUGUGUCAAGAGCCUCCCUCUCUCUCUCUCUCACACACACACACAAAUGCUUCCGUUCUGCUGACAAACCUGAGCAAGCCACGAAGGUCAGGGGAACUUAUCGCGUGCAAAAACUGCUGACUUCAUUUUUGGUGCGCGCGUGCGCGUUUGUGUUUGUGUGUGAAAUUCAAUCACUGUGACCAACUUUCUUCCACUUCUUUUUUUUAUUUCUGGCCCGUCAAAUGAUGCUUUAAGGCUGUACCCACCGUACUCAUCGUAGAGGGCUUUCGCACCUGACAGCCGGAGAAUGGCCCGUUCGCAGUGAGCGGUAGGGGGGUGGUGGUGGGGGGAGGAGGAGGAGGGGGAAGAGACAGGAGCCCAAUUCUUUUCGAGGCUCCACGAUCCACACCGCGUCGCCACCACCACCGCGACACGUGGACGUAGUCAAACUCCCCCAGCCCCCCUCCCCCCCCCCCCCCACAAAUUCAUUUAUUCGAGAUAAAUGAACGCGCUGUGUCCUCCGGUGAGAACUGAUUAAAUAUGAAUGUAGCCCCUUACUCGCUCGUCGACGGCACGCCACGAACCCCGCAAGUGGUGUGCGCCCCCACCCCCUCCCUUCGUGGAACUGGAGCCAUACUGACAGGUGCGUGUGGGGGGGGGAGGGGGGCUUAGUUAAAUUGCCAAAGUUUCUCUUUGCCCACGUGGGGUGGAACGGUGGUUACAGUGGCCCACGCGCUGCGCUGUGAACCGAAGCGACUUGCCGAGUUCGAUUCACAGCCAACGGUUAAGGCGACGAUGUCUGAAAUGGUCUCGCGCGUGCCACGGAUUUAAUCACCAACUGCGCACUAACUGACCUGGUGAAGUGCGGUCAAACGAUUCCCAUUAUAUUGAUGUGGAGUGGGGGAGGCCUUCGUCCAUGGGUGGAUUGACAGAGGGCUGUGAAUCGUCCAAAUGUUGAUUGUUCCUUUUGUAAGGGGGGGGGGGAGGGGCGGGGGGAGAAAAACGUGACUCAGCCUCGAGACUUCGCCCAGUGUGUUAAUGUUGUCACACUGUGCAAUUCAGGAGGAACAAGCCAGCGGAUUUUUUUUCUUCUUCGAGAAUCUGAUGUCGAGGCGAACGAAAAAUGACGCACGUAACGGUCACUCGCAAUCACUCGCAGACUUCACGUUAGAUUCCUGGGUAAAAUUUAACGGUGAUAUUGUUUUGUAUCCGGAUAAAAAAUAAAAUCGGCUGAUUUUAAUCGAA